AUGGAUACCGAUAUGACCAACGUCGACGGGAGCCCGUUCCCCUCGUUUGGGCAGAACGCUCACCCACAAACUUCUACCGGAAUCCCGCCAACUUUCCCGGUACCCUCGUCUUCUGGAUUCCAAGCCACCCCUUCAACGUCCCAACAGGGACAAGCCGACCCGACAACCCUCGAGGCGGUCGUCCCCCUCGAGCUCUUUCAAAACAUCGGAGGGGCGGGAGUCGAAAAGCCCCCGAAGUAUGGAGGGCAAAGGGAGAACGACGCCGCCCGAGUCUGGCUAAUCGGGAUGGAGAGAUGGCUUUGGGCCAAGGAAAUCCUUCUGCGAAGAAACCUUACGGGUCCCGAAAGGAUUGCUCUAACGACUUCGUACCUCGAAAAGGCCGCUGCCGCGUGGUGGAACCUAACCUAUAUUCACAACAUAGACCACCAAGGGCACCAGCUUCGGAUCCAGUCCUGGGCCGAAUGGAAGAACACCUUCCUCAGCCAAUUCGGCGACGUCAGGACCCAAGACCAACGGCGAGACGAGUUCGACUCGCUUCGGCAGACAGGUACCGUCCAAGCGUUUCGGCAGGCCAUUGAAUCUCGACGUCUUUACCUUGAGCCACGUCCUUCUGACGCCGAUUGCUUGCUUGUCUUCAAACGUGGCCUGAAGACGUCUAUCCGGAACCGUAUCGAAAUCCUUCCUGACUCGAUUGUGCCAGGGACUUACACUAAGUAUGUGGAAUUCGCCGAUAAAAGCGAACGAGAGAUGCUUGCCACCUCUAACCGCGUUCCCUUUUUCAAGUCUCGCUAUGGAAAACCGGCGACUUCGACAUCUAAUGGUGCCUCUCACGCACGCAAUUCAGCAGCACCUCGACGUGACCACGAUGGUGACGUCGAAAUGACACUCAAUGGUAUGCGUACCCAGCCGAAAUCGGGCAACGCCACCAGUGGGCAAAAGGCUUCGAGCAAAGCACCUCCUUCUCGCCAAAAGUGCCGUGAAGAGAACCUCUGCUUCGGUUGCGGCGAGCCCGGCCAUCAGAAGAAAGACUCUCCAGACCCCUCGAAGCAUAUUGGAGUUGCGCCCCUAGAGGCUGAGUCCCUCACUGCCAACCCCUGGGACGUCUCCCUCGCGACUGCCAAUACCUUCGAUAAGGACCUGGAACGCUUGCAAGGACAUAAUCUUGCAAGUGGAAACCUUGGUUGGACGCAGAACCCGUACCCCGUCAGUAUCCUCUUCGACACCGGUUCCGAUAUCUCCUACGUCUCGAAGAAAGUGGUCAACCGGCUUCAAGGAGAUCUAAAGAUCUUGGAGACCAACACCCUUCGUGUGCGCCUGACCAAUGGAGAGACAACUACGGCGAACCAGCAACUGACUAUUGGCCUCACUAUUGGAACUUUCCGAGCACGUUCUACUCUUCGAAUUCUAGAUUGGGAUGCCUACGAUGUCAUCCUAGGUCUCGAUUGGCUUCAGAAGCACGAAGCUUCAUGGGAUUUCGCGCGCUCGUGCGUGACACUACGAAAUGGAAGCAGAAAAUCCACCGCUGUCGAACUGAGACCCUUUCGAACCAUCGACUACGAAGGUCUCAAGGAAGUUGGGUUAAAUCUUCUCAGUUACCGAAGAGCGGAAAAGGCCCUUCGCAAGCCGCCCGCUCAAGACCGUCCACCCGUUCUGUACAUUGUGGAGUCUCCGAAGAAAGAACAAGAUUCAUCACCCAUUCCUUCCGUCAAGAACCCACGAUUUCGACACCUCUUACAACGCUUUCAACACGUUCUCAAGGAA